GGGCUGGGUGAGCGGCGGGCCGGGAGUUGAGGGGCCGCCGGUGUGAGAUGUCACGUGGCUUUGGUGUGCCCGGGUUCUUGGUCCCUUAGUAAAGCAGUCGGCUGGCUGGAUUCCCCUGGGGGCCCUACUUUAGGAGCUUGGGGCGGUCCUGGGGACGUAGGAGCCCCGCGGGCUGAGUGUCAGGGUUGGGGAGGGCCAGGGGAUAGGGGACCUGAGGGACCUGAAGGCUGGAGGAGGGUCUGGGGGCGGGCCUGGGGGCGGGCAAGGGACGGCCGCCCGCAGCUGACCGCCCCUCCCCGCCCAGUCCUCCGCACUGUCCCAGCUCCGCGGCGGGCCGGGCGUCCUCCCUCAGUCCGGGAGCGACGCUGCGCCGAGCGGUCGAGCACCCGAGAUGUGGAAGCUGAGCCGAAAUCGAGUGCUUCUGGACGAGCCCCCUGAGGAAGAGGACGUGCUGCGAGGGGCAUCGCCGGCAUCCGCAGCCGCCCCGGCGCCGGUGAGGGCACGCGUGGGGACGCAGGGAGCAAGUCUCAGAGGUUGGAAAGAAGCAACUUCUCUGUUUAAUAAAGAAGAUGAAGAACAUUUACUGGAGACUUCCAGAUCUCCCAAGUCCAAAGGAACUAACCUACGACUAAAAGAAGAGCUGAAGGCAGAGAAGAAAUCAGGAUUUUGGGACGCCUUGGUUUUGAAACAGAAUGUUCAGCCUAAAAAACCAGAUCAGAUUGAAGGUUGGGAGCCUCCCAGACUUCCUGCUGAAGACGUGGCCGCUGACAGUCCUGAGGAUGGUCUAAGCGGCUGCCCACCCUGGUCUGCCUGGGAGGAUGACACCAAGGGCUCUACCAAGUACACCAGCCUCGCCAACUCAGCCAGCAGCUCCCGCUGGAGCCUCCGGUCAGCAGGGAAGCUGGUGAGCAUCAGGCGACAGAGCAAAGGCCACCUGACAGAGACCUGUGAGGAAGUAGAAUGAACUGAAGGGGCGUCACAGGGACAUCACAUUGCUUUGAUGGCUGGCCAAGCCCGCCGGCCACCUUCUAGUGCACCAUUCAUUCUUGAGCCCUCUCAUAGCCCAGGGAAGGAACCCACUGAGUUGCUGGUGUUUCAUGCAUAGUGACCCACACACACCAUGGCUUCCUGGUGACAUCUGGGUGCCUUGCUGCAGAAACAUCCACCUACUGGGUGCAUGCACACUGGAUGGAUGUGUGCGUUGUAGACACUGUCCUGUGAGCCAGUCUCCUCUAAGGUUCAUGCCAGCCUCAGUCAUUUGGGUUUUUAGAAUGUCCCCAUCUUGUCCCUGCAUGCGACAUGAGUGCUGCAGCUAGCUGAACACGGCCCUCUCCCUUUGUCAGAAUACAAGAAGCAUCUUCCAAAGGUUACAGUAAUUCAGUUUGACAACAGAUUCAUUUUUCCUUAUUAAGUUAAAAACAAAGCAAAAUCCAGAUGCUGGAAGCAAGGUCGUUUGAGGGGCGAAUCUGCUGAGGAGGACUGGCCUGCAGUGUGGGCCUAGGUGGCAACUAGUUCUUUUAUGGAAUUCUAUUUUUUCUUUUGAACGUUUAAAUAUAGAUCUUUAUUUUCUUCAAAAAUUGUUGAUGUUAAACUUAAAUAUGGAAGAAAUACUAGGAAUACAUUUUAGUCACCCAAUAAUCUUAACUUUGCUCAGAAAACUUGUUUGCUCAGAAAACUCAGAAAUCAACUUGUUCACUGUAGAGUUCAUUGUAGAUAAAACACUGAAGUGCCUCCUUUCUAUUCUUAGAUGUUUAGUUUUUCAAAAUGAAAAACUUUUAUGAUUGAUGCUAAAUCUAUAAGAAGUGUGUCUCCUCCCUAGCUCCGCCUGUCUCGCACUGCUGACUGUCCUCCGUUGUGGCCCUGGGUCUUGGCAGGGUUGUGCCCCUGUAGGGGAGUUCAGGUGACGCUCGUGCUUGUCUUUGUUUUACAGUGCUUGGACAGGGGAGCUGUGUUUCUCUUUGUUUUGGUUAAGAAUUCAAAGCCUCCAGUCAUAGUGUCCGUUAGCCUCCACAGCAAAAGCACUGUGCUUUGUGUCCCCAGGUGUCCCCCGCAAUGUUCUGUGGAACAGCCAAGUGGCCCGGGUUCACUAGAUCUACCUGUCACCCACAGCUACCUGUCUGUCCACCAGCCAGCUUGCCAGACACACAUGCCCGUCCACCUGUCCACACAUCAGUCUGUCCACCCAUAAACCAAGCUGUUAGUCUUUUAAAAUUAGAACAGUAAGUUCACUCAGUGAGCGUUGAGAGGAGGAUUCGGCUAGAAAAUUGUUAACACCUGGAAGUUGUUCAAUUAUGGAGAUUUUGAUUCAUAACCCAAAGUAUUUUUACUAUAACAUGUGAGUUUGAAAAUCCUUAAGUAUCCUCAGGUAAACGGUUGAGUGCUUGAUAUCCGAGACUCUCUUGUCUUCAGAACGAAGUAACUUCAGGAGAGGACAGAAGAGCGGGCUCUCUGACGCCCACAGCAGGAAGCCACUGGUGUGUCUGGCUAACCACCGGUGUCACAGAAAUACAAACCCAGCCUUGAGAAUGUAGGGAACGAGCUCUUGAACACACAGCCUCUGUCUGUGUUCACUGGGCCUGUGCUGAGUGCCUGUAGCUCCCUGUGCCCGUGUGCCUGAGAGGGAGUGUUGUGUGUUGACACGGGGGCCUUCACCCUGUCGCCUCUCAGGAGGCUAGGAUGCACUGUAAACCAGAAAGAGUAAUUUAAAAUGAUUUUUUUUCUUCUGUUGUAUCAAAUUAAAAUAUCUUGUGUUUGAGAUCUUUAGUGUGUAUAUUUAUUGGUAUGUCUUCAGGAGGUCAUCUCUUCACAGACUUCACGCGAACUCACUCUGUUCAGAAGCAGUUUGUGAUUCUGGAGCUGGCAGAGGGGACUCGAUGUCUGUACCUAGAACUCUGUUCUCUGCUUUUCUGGGAAGGGCAGAGUCCUCCUCAAAGCUAAGGAUUAAA